AUGCCACAAGCUGUUAAAGAGCUUGGACCACUCUGGGCAAACACCUGCUACGAAUUUGAAAAUGCAAAUGCAGCUGUAAAGAAGCUGCUUCAUGGAACAAAUAAUGUUCACAUGCAGAUAGCAGAAAGUGUUGCUUUUGUUCACUUUGUCCACUCCAAAAUGUCCCAAGUCAAUGACGAUCUAUUACACCAAUGUUGCUUUCUAAAAACAAGACCAGAAAGAUGCCAUAUAACUGUCGAUGAAAAAGGAAUUCCCACCAAAGCUGUCACAUCAAAUAUAAAGCAAUUGUUUAUGCUUAAAGUGGGAAAAAUUUCCUCGAGGGAGUAUAAGAGGUCCCAAAAAAUAGCUGACUAUGCAGUACAGCUUGACACUAAUCAGCACUGCUUGAUUGAGCAGUUUCAAUUUAUAAGACAAUUAAAUGAAGUCAAGGCAAUCGUUAGAGUGCUUGAUAACAGGGCAGCUUAUGUAGUCCCACACUUACAUAAAUAUCUUCAUCCAUUUUCAAGGUACCAUCAAGCCGAAGUUUCACUAAGUAAAAUAAAGAAAAAAUGUAUCAUUAUUAGCACUGAAGACACUGGUUCUUUUUAUAUUGGAGAUAUUCUCAAAUACUUUUCAUCAGAUUAA